AUGUUUAAGAAAAUUGACAUUUUUGGAAGUUAAAUCUUGCUUAGAUUCUAGGGGGAGCCAGCUUAUAGUACUAGGACGGGCUCGGUUGUUACCCUUUUAAUCAUAGGCUUUAUAUGCUUUCGUUUAAUUGCUAUUAUAUAGGAUGUAUUUCUCAGAACUAGCCCACAAGUAAUCUAUAGUGAAAGGUAAGUCGAUAACCCAGCUCCAUUUGAGAUAUCAAGCUAGUCAUUCCCUUUAGCAUUUGGAAUGGAAGAUCCAAACUUUAGAUACUACAUAGAUGAAGGUAUUUAUACAAUUUAAGCUACGUAUUACACAAAGACUCUUGUGCUCAAUUAGACUACAUAAUAGAAUGAUGCCGUUUGGAAUAUCACUCAUAUUAAAGUGUAACCUUGCACUUUAGAAAAUUUUAAGAAUCCAGAUAAUUUAGAUUAUUAUACCAGCUUAUAAUAUUAAAAUAUGUAUUGUCUUCCACCAGACAUUAAAUUUACUUUGCAAGGCGACUUUGUAUCUCCUAUUUAUUCUUAUCUUGAGAUUUUGGUAGUUAAAUGCAAAGAGAAUUGUAAAUCGAAAGAGGAGCUAGACCAUUAUUUAUUAAAUUCUAAUUUUGCUAUGCAGUUAUCGGAUUCUUUUGUAAAUCCUUCAAUUAAGUCAAAUCCUUUUAAGAUCUAUUCAAGAGAUAUUUACUGGGCCACAAGCACUUAAAUGCCAAAAGCUGCUACAGUGUAUCUAAGAAAUAACUACGUGCAAAGUGAUUUUGGAUGGUUUUUGCCUGAUUUAACUACACAGCGUUAUCCUGCUUAUAGUUAUAAUGAUGUUUCUGUUUUCCCAGACAACUUUUAAACAUACUUCCUCAGCGUAACAUUUAGAUUUGAAAAAUAAAAAGAAGGCUUUUAUAGCAGAACAUAUAAAAACUUUAAUAACAUAAUGUCAGAAAUAGGUGGAUUUACACAGAGUCUAUUGGCUAUCGGUUAUCUAAUUUGUACAAGAGUUUCGUAACUUCAACUAAAUUAAACGCUUAUCAAUUAGGCUUUUAGCUAUGAAGACUCAAAAGAUGAGAGUGAGGAAAAUAAAGACACUAAAAAGUAGCAAAUUUUAUAAAAACUUUAGCUUUUAAAUUACUCUUAACAAAGUCCUUGUAUGCAAAACCAACUACAAAAAUCAACAUAACAAUAGAAUCAACGAUUUAAUCUGAACUAAAUUAUGAAAAAAAGCUCAGAUAAUUAGAAUCAGAAUUUAAAAGCCAAUUUAGAUUAUCUUAAUAAUCCUGCUACGAAUUCGUAAUUAAAUGUAGCCAAUUAAAUUAAUAUUUAGUAAAACCAGUCUUUACAAAUCCAAUCUUUCGAAUAGGCAAAGUAGUAUAAAGAUAAUGAAAAUUUUGAUAGCAACUAACAUGUGUUUAAUAAUAGAAACAAUCUUAAAUUAAGCAGCCCAGAUAAUAAGCAAACAUCAAAGCAGCUUGAUCAAAAAAAGAUACUGAAUUUCCUUAUUCAAGAUGUCUAAAUGAGCGAUGAGCUAACAUAAGGAGGUAAAGAUUAAGAAGUCUUAGACUAAAGCAAUCAUGUAAAAAUACAAAAGUAAAAAAUGAAAAUAAAACAGUUUGAGCAGAAGCUUAAAGAAAAUAGAUUUAAUGAACUAAUGUAAAAAGAAACAAAAUGUAUGAAGAUGAGCAUUUGGGAGUACUUUAAAUCAAAUAUUUAUCCUUUUGGAGAGUUGAAAAAAAAGAAACAAAUUAUAUAAUACAGUAUAGAUAAAUUGUAUUACAAUUUAGAUAUUUUUAAUAUUUUGAAAAAGCUUGUGGAGGUUGAAAAAUUGAAAAGACUGCUUUUAGAUCCUGAAUAAUUAAAGCUUUUUGAUUAUUUACCAAAACCAACUAUUCAUUCAGAUUUAGUUUUAAAUCAAGAUUAAAACCAAGAUACAAUUAAAAAAAGCUAUGAAGUGGACGUGCUUUAUCAAGACCACAGGACAGAAAUGUAAAAGGUGAGAGAUGCCUUUUAGGCAUAUAAAAAAAUAGUUAGCAAGUAAAACCAUACAAUGUUAGAUCAAAAAAUCAUUGACUUGCUUGACCCUAAUUUAGUAUCUAUCUUUUAAGCAGAGGGUAUCUAAGGGUAAAAUAACUUCAUUGAAAAGUCAAAUAUUGAAACAAUGAUUCAGUAAUCUAAAAACAAUACAUUUAGUUAAUAAACACCAAAAAUCUAGAAAGAAUAAAUACAAGGAGAAGCUCUACAAGAAAUAUCAUUGUCAAAGUAGGAUGAAAUUAUUGACAAACAAGAUUUUAUCAGUCCACGACUCAUCAUAGACUCUUAGCCCUUUUUGUUAAAUACAAAUUAAUAAUAAGGUUUAUAGUAAGAGGAACCUAAAUUCGAAGUAAAUAAUAUCUUCGAAUAAAUGAGUAAAUCUAACUAACAAAAUGUUGUUGUAGAUUAAAUAAAAGAUUUAUCACAAAGUGUUUAUAGUGAGAUAGCUGCAGAGGAAUCGUAGCAAAUGCCUAAUUAUUUCUAAAGUAACUAAAAUGUUUAAAAAGAUGAAAGUUAAUGA